AUGGCGAGAUAUCUGGAUUCUCGCCGACGACAUUCUGACAUCAGUAGCCUGGAAGACGAACUACGUUCUUGCUGUACCCAAACCCAAUGGCUUCAGUAUAAUGAUGAAAUUGAAUCUGAUCUCUCUAAACACAGGUCUCUCCUCACUGAACGCAGGAACAAGAAAAUAUGCAACCUCACAAAGAAGCGACAACGGUCAAACAGAUUUAGACGACAUACCAACAACAGUGAUGUAUCCCCCCAUUUGGUUGUUAAUCUCUCAUCCUCCCCUCUCUCCCAAGCAGAAACCUCUCUUCUCUCUAAAGGUCUCAAGUUUUGCCCCACGCCACCAGAAGUUGAACAGAUAGCUCUCAGCCAAGACCUCUCUACAUUCUAUCGCAGGAUACGUCUCAAAGAGUUCUGUUUAGAUGCACCCCCUUCUGAUCCCGAGCCCUUCUAUAAGAAAAGCACAUGGAUUCCACCUAAGAAUAGAGUUCCUUCCCUUGAAACUUACAUCCAAGCUGUCUCAUCCCAAGUUCGCUCCACAGAUACCCUCGACACCAGAGCACAUGACAACCUUCCUCGAGAAGAACGCCAGGCUCUCUCAUCACUCAAAAACAGGUCCGACAUCAUCAUCAAGCCUGCAGACAAAGGAUCAGCCGUCGUUGUUAUGGACCGCAAUACAGAAUCAGACAACGGAAAUGGAAAGUAUGAUAAAAUAGCUCGAGAUAUUACUGAACAGGUUAUAAAAGUGGAAUCAUCUGUACCUAAUACAACCUACAGUAUCUGGGACUUCGGAGGACAGGAAAUCUACUACGUCACCCAUCCACUAUUUCUUUCCUGGCGAGCUCUUUACAUUCUUGUGAUUCCAUUACACCUCAAACUCAGUGACGAAGCACCAAGGACGGAAGAUCUUACUGAAUUGAUUGGGUCUACUGUGAGAACGCACCGAACAAUCCUGGAGUUGAUACAUUUUUGGUUGAUGUCAGUGUACACCCACGCAGUACCUAGUAAUCCAAAUUCGGGAGGCAACCCAAAGGUUUUGCUGAUAGGGACGUUUGCAGUUGAAAGAGACACGCGAUUUAAUAAGGAUGAGGUGAAAUUAAACGAAAAUUAUCUGAAGGAAUUGAUACUAUCCCAACCUUACAGGGAGCAGGUCUUGUUGAAAAUCUUCGAGUUUGACAAUCAUCAUGCCCAAAUGAAGGAAAUUAAAGAGGUUCAAGAUCGCAUUGAUGCAUCUAUCAAGGAGGCGCCUUACAUGACAGACACAUUUCCAGUAAAGUGGAAUACAUUUUUAUGUGAAAUAGAAGGCAAUGGUAAAGAUACUUGGACUGUGAAAGAGGCACUGUUAACAAUGCAGAAAUCAUGGGGAAUCAAGGAUAAGGAUGAAUUGCAGAAAAUGCUGAAGUGGUGUCACGAUACAGGCCACAUCAUAUAUCACCAAGGGUGUGACCUUAUCGUAUUAAAGCCACAGUUCCUGAACAGCAUCGUCAGUAAUAUCAUAACGGUCGUCGACAGCGAGAAAAUGCGAGGCAAACUCAGCGAACAUUACAAAGAACUAUGUAAGAAAGGGAUACUACAUAUAGACAUAAUUAAAGAUGUUUGGAAUGAACAUAAAGGAGAAGAUGCCCAACUUGAAGACAUUAUCAACAUGAUGAUCAAGUUUGAUCUCAUCUGUGAAAUUCCAGAUACAAAAGACGGGGAAGUGGGUUUCCUGUUGGGAGAAAUCCGAAGUGAAGUUGAUGGUCCUGUGGAAAGAAUUGAUGUGGUCAAUGGAUGUAUGGAGGCUAUCUUCCUCCUGGUCCAGAUGGAGAAAAUGUCGUCUAUGUAA